GAUGGACCCCGGCGAGGCCGCCAUUUUGGAAUCUUCUUUAAGGGUCUUUUACCGGCUUUUCGUGCCGCUGCCGCCGCUUUCUGCGGCUUUGCCCGGCAGGAUGAAUGUGAUAGACCACGUGCGAGACAUGGCGGCCGCGGGGCUGCACUCCAACGUGCGGCUCCUCAGCAGCUUGUUACUUACAAUGAGUAAUAACAACCCUGAGUUAUUCUCCCCAUCUCAGAAGUACCAGCUUUUGGUGUAUCACGCAGAUUCUCUCUUUCAUGAUAAGGAAUAUCGGAAUGCUGUGAGUAAGUAUACCAUGGCUUUACAGCAGAAGAAAGCCCUAAGUAAAACCUCAAAAGUGAGACCUUCAACUGGAAAUUCUGCAUCUGCGCCACAAAGUCAGUGUCUUCCAUCAGAAAUCGAAGUGAAAUACAAAAUGGCCGAAUGUUACACAAUGUUGAAACAAGAUAAAGAUGCCAUUGCUAUACUUGAUGGGAUCCCUUCAAGACAAAGAACUCCCAAAAUAAACAUGAUGCUGGCAAACCUGUACAAGAAGGCUGGUCAGGAGCGCCCUUCAGUCACCAGCUAUAAGGAAGUGCUGAGGCAGUGCCCACUAGCCCUCGAUGCCAUUCUAGGUUUGCUGUCCUUGUCUGUAAAAGGUGCAGAGGUGGCAUCAAUGACAAUGAAUGUGAUCCAGACCGUGCCUAACUUGGAUUGGCUAUCUGUGUGGAUCAAAGCAUAUGCUUUUGUGCAUACUGGUGACAACUCGAGAGCAAUCAAUACCAUCUGUUCACUAGAGAAAAAGUCCUUAUUGCGAGAUAACGUGGAUCUUCUGGGAAGCUUAGCAGAUCUGUACUUCAGAGCUGGAGACAAUAAAAACUCUGUCCUCAAGUUUGAACAGGCACAGAUGUUGGAUCCUUAUCUGAUAAAAGGAAUGGAUGUGUAUGGCUACCUCCUGGCCCGAGAAGGGCGGCUGGAGGACGUGGAGAAUCUUGGCUGCCGCCUUUUCAAUAUUUCUGAUCAGCACGCAGAACCCUGGGUGGUCUCUGGGUGUCACAGCUUCUACAGCAAACGCUACUCCCGAGCCCUCUAUUUAGGAGCCAAGGCCAUCCAGCUGAACAGUAAUAGUGUUCAAGCUUUGCUACUAAAGGGAGCAGCUCUUAGGAACAUGGGCAGAGUCCAAGAAGCAAUAAUCCACUUUCGGGAGGCCAUACGGCUUGCGCCUUGUCGUUUAGACUGUUAUGAAGGUCUCAUCGAAUGUUACUUAGCCUCCAACAGUAUUCGGGAAGCAAUGGUAAUGGCAAACAACGUUUACAAAACUCUAGGAGCAAACGCACAGACUCUUACCCUCUUAGCCACAGUUUGUCUUGAAGACCCAGUGACACAAGAGAAAGCCAAAACUUUAUUAGAUAAAGCCCUGAACCAAAGGCCGGAUUACAUUAAGGCUGUCGUGAAAAAAGCAGAACUACUUAGCAGAGAACAGAAAUAUGAAGAUGGAAUUGCUUUGCUGAGGAACGCCCUAGCUAAUCAGAGUGACUGUGUCCUGCAUCGGAUCCUAGGAGAUUUCCUUGUAGCUGUCAAUGAGUAUCAGGAAGCAAUGGACCAGUAUAGUAUAGCACUAAGUUUGGACCCCAAUGACCAGAAGUCUCUAGAGGGGAUGCAGAAGAUGGAGAAGGAGGAGAGUCCCACGGAUGCCACUCAGGAGGAGGAUGUGGACGACAUGGAAGGGAGUGGGGAAGAAGGGGACCUGGAGGGCAGCGACAGUGAGGCGGCCCAGUGGGCUGACCAGGAGCAGUGGUUCGGCAUGCAGUGAGGCAGGCGGCAGCUCCGUGGCCACACUGGCCUGCCCUGUUCUGAGCACUUCCGUGGACUGAAAGAACCCGUAGGAGCCCGCUGUCUGGGAGGACAAUGAUUCAGCAUGUGAUUGCCGCAGGGGUUUCUGCCCCCUGGCUCCAUAUUUCUAGUAGUGACUUCAUUUUUAAAAACUGAGCCUGACCAACCUUCCAUAUAUCUCCAUCCUCCCCUGCCCCAGCCAGGGGGGCCCGAGUGAGCCUUCUGGGUGCCCACAGAUGUGCUGGGGCUUCUGGGACAGAGUGCUUUUGACGUAACUAAUUUCUAAACCUGAAAGCUCGAGGAAUAGGCAGUGGUUUGUCCUUGAUGUUGUGGGUGGGUUUAAAGGCGUGACCUGUCACCCAGAGCGACAGUGUCAUCUCCCGAAUCUGACAGCAGCUCAGGCUGGCCCUUUCAGAGACUGUUUCCUGUCCCAGAAAUCACCGUCCUGGGCUGUCCAAACUUCCCUAGUAACCUUGCUUCCUUCUGCAAUGUUAGUAAUGCCUUAAGCUGACAGUUGCUAUUUUGCAGAACACUUUUUCCUAUUUGCUAAUCUGGUAACUUGCCUAUGAGCCUGGGCCAGAUCUGAGAAGCAGGUGUGCCCUAGAGCAUGAACGGAGGUGCACCUGGGGUCAUUAACUAAUAAAACUGUUUUUUGUACAGUAAUGGUGUUGGGUUGAUCAGAGUGGAAGACCCUUUAUAAACUCUUUUGUCUCUUACACACAAUGCAUUGACUUAGCCCCAGAAUUAUUUGCUAUAAAUAGACUCCCUUUCUUCCUAGAGUGUUGGGAGCCAGGGGGAUUGGGAACCUCAGGUAACAGUGAGCUGGUUUAUCCAUUUGCAUUUUGGUAAAUUUCCCUGGCAGGGAGCCUUUGGACAGAUUUGAGACUGAUUCUGUGCUCUGUCUGGCUCUGUCAGGAGUUCUGAGGUUCGGGGUCUGGUUUCUGCACUCUGUCGUGAGGUCACCGGGGGCCUCUUUUUCCCUAGGCUUGGCUGCUGGGAGACUUCACCUACCCUCUCCCCCUUGUUUCUUAAGAGACGAUGCUUUUGACAAUAUAGUUAACUUGGGAGUGAAGAGGGGGUAGGGGAUGGCAUAGCUAAUGCCACAUUUUCAUUACAAUAAAAUUAGAGGUGGUGCAAAAUGUGAUUUUAAUAUAAAUGGGAAGUUCUGUCCUAAAGUGUAAAAACAGUGGACGUGUACAGUAGUUUAGGAACAUCUGAUAACUGCAAUUUUCAAUGGACAAAAAGUUA